UUCAACACCCUUAAGCCAGAAACGAAUAACUCGACACCGCGUGCGUCCUCUUCUCCUGCCGUCACUCAGUUCAUUCUCUCUCUCUCUCUCUGUGGCAGUGCUAGAAGCAAGAUGCCGCGGACCAGUGCACUGGAGUGCCCUGGUUGUCCCCCCAUCAGGGCUUUAACUUUCGAUGUCCUCGGUCUUGUUAAAGUCGUCGAAGCUCGUGGGAGUCCCGGGAUUCCAAACGUGGUCACUAGAUGGGGCGAACCUGAUUCUUCUCGCUGCGUCCUCGCUGCUUCAAUCGAUGACCGUAAAGAUGACCCUUUGUUGGCUGUUGCAAGGAAAAAUGGCUUGAUUGAGUUGCUUAAUCCUUUAAAUGGGGAUAUUCUUGCCACCAUAAGUAAAGUUGGUGAUGCUGUUCAUGCUUCAGAAGAUGAUAUCUCUGGGCUGCAUUUAUUCAGAAGAGAGAGGUUGGAGCAGUCGUCCAGGUUGUGCACAGUGCUUACUUGCUCAAAGAAAGGAAAUGCAAGCCUGAGAUCUGUUGGAAGUGCUGAUUCACCAGCAGAUUCUACAUGUUCUGGUACUACAAAAACAUGGGAUGUAUGUGCUGCUGGUGAUGUUUUAUGCUCUGCAGUAGAUGGAAAUGAAAAUUAUGCCUUAUUCGGUGGGAAGCGUGUUGAAGUUAAUAUGUGGGAUCUUGAGAAGUCUGCUAAGAUCUGGACAGCAAAACCUCCUCCUAAAAACAGCCUUGGUAUAUUCACUCCGACUUGGUUUACAGCUGCAACAUUCCUUUGUAAAGAGGAUCAUCGUAAGAUUGUGGCUGGGACCAACAGCCACCAGGUGCGCCUCUAUGAUAUUUCCUCACAGAGGAGACCUGUUAUUUCAUUUGAUUUCCGAGAAUCCCCUAUUAAAGCACUGACUGAAGAUCUAGAUGGCUAUACUGUCUACUUUGGAACUGGUUCUGGUGACCUUGCAUCUAUUGACAUGCGUACAGGUAAAUUGUUGGGAUGUUUUGUGGGGAAGUGUUGCGGGAGCAUUAGAUCCAUAGCCAAGCAUCCAGAACUCCCAGUGAUUGCCUCGUGUGGUCUUGAUGCUUACUUGCGUUUCUGGGACUCAAAGACACGGCAACCUCUUUCUGCAGUUUUCCUGAAGCAGCGUCUCACAAAUGUAGUAAUUGAUUCAAAUUUUUCUUAUCAAGAACCGGCUGGAACUGCUGUGGAUCCACCACAAAUUAAGGCAGAGGAGGCAAUUCAAACCCAAGCUGAGGAGAAUGAACCACUGGUCGUGAAAAGAAGAAAAUCAUCUGAGGAAAGCCAGCAGAGAAAAAAGAAGCCCAAGAAGAAGAGCGAGGAGGCAAUUCAAACCCAAGCUGAGGAGAAUGAGCCACUGGUCGUGAAAAGAAGAAAAUCAUCUGAGGAAAGCCAGCAGAGAAAAAAGAAGCCCGAGAAGAAGAGCAAGAGGGUCAAUGAUGAGGAUGCUGACACAUCAUGAUCCAAUUGGCUUCUUUCCUUUAUUCUUCAUGACUACAGAUGCCACAGUGAUCCAUUUGCCAUACAUGCUGGACGAGAAGAGCUGACAAUUUGAGCAUACAUUGGUUGUUUAAUUCAUAUCCUCAUGAUUUUCGUCGGUAUUGAGAGGAUUUCCCCUGGAACCACUGGAUCAUGCUCCAGUGAGAAAGUUUGGUGAUUGGUUAAGCUGUUAAUUUAUCAGGGAUCUUGUUCAUUAGUAGGAGCAUUUUCCAUUAACAGAAUCAGUGAAGCUUAUACUUUAUGUCUAAAGCCCAAAGUGGUGAAUCAGGUUCUUGGUGUAUGAUGACUGAAAUGGCCAACAUGAUCAGGGUUCUGUGAAA